CAACUUCCAUGACAUUCUGACAGGUUUCCCUGCGCGAAUAGUAGUCGUUAAAAAUCACUAGGGAAAGGAUAGUGAGAACAGUGAUCGGAGACAGUGUGAUAGCGUACUGGUGGUUGGACUAUCAGCUGAGCCGAGCUAAGGGAUAUAGUUGAAGUGUUGCUAUAAAUAACAAAUCUAUACGCUGCAGUGCGCUCGAAUGUACUUUUAAAGUGGCCGUUGUGAUAGUUGGAAACCUCAAGAGAUACUUAAGUGUGCCAACUGGAUUUAACAGUAGAAUAAUUUGACGUACUAGCCCCGCAGAAAUUGAUGCACCGGUAAUUGCGUGUGAGCGCAUAAGUGCGUACAUUGGGAGAUACGUGUAGGUGAAAGAACGUAAAAGGUAGGAGAAAGAAGUUGGUGCACCUGCCGCAGUGAUCUCGGGGCGCCACUCACACGCCGUGUGCGUGCCGGCUAUCCAUCAUGGUCGCGGACGCAGCCCAGCCCUGAUUGGCUCUCCGUGGUCACGUGGUAUGAUAAUUGGGCACCGGUGGGCGGGAACCGCUAGCCUGGCCUCGUGCCGACGCGCGAAGGAGCUACUACUCCGUGGAAGAUCGCGAAAGUGCGGAAGAAGAGUGAGGGAGCGUGCGGACUCCCGUCGCGAAUCCGCGCUCGACUCUUCUACGAAGAGACAGGAGAGACGGAGUCGUGGAGAGAGUGUGAAAUUGGGAUAGCGUAGAGAGAACGGUGGUGAGAAAAAAGUUAGCCCUGGCCAAGAGGGCUGAGCGGGAUGAUGGACCAUCGUGAAGUGUUGUGCGUGCGACCGCGGUGCGAGAGUGUUCAAUAAUAUUGCGGUUUGUCGAUUGGACUUCCUGUGACCGGUUUGGGAUUGUUUUAUCUUAAGAUUGUUUAGGUUAAACAGAAGAAAGACAUGAGUUCUUUCCUAAUGAAUCCAUCCGCAGCCGGUGGCUACCAUCAGCAACAUCAGCAGCCUGGGACUCAUCAUUUGACAGCGACCUCGGUUGUCGUUGAUCCCAAAUUUCCACCUAGCGAAGAGUACAGUCAGAGCAAUUAUAUCCCGUCUACGGGGGCUGAUUUCUUUGGUAGCGGACAUCAUUUGAAUCAUCCACAGUCUCAUCAACUUCAAUAUGGUUACCAUCAGCAUCAUCAUCAGGCUGCGUCCACUCCUUACGGAGCAUCUACCGCUGUGCAACUUAAUGGCGGAUAUGCUGGUUAUGGUGGAUAUUACGGACCUCAUCAUCCUCAUCAUCAGGUUCAUGCUGUUCAUCAUCCGAGUCUUCAUCCACAUCAUCAUGCGGUUGGCGCCCUUGCUAUGCCGCCCGAAGCUCAGCAACCACCUCUCACGUGUCCACCGUCUAUGCAGACCCAACAACAACCGCCGCAACAGCAACAACAGCCACCAGUUUCGGCAUCAACUGUACUUGGUUCCACUGCAUUGUCGCCGUCUCUCAUGCCGAAUCAUGUUCAGCAAUCUGACCCACAUCAGCAGCACCAACAACAGUCCCAACAACAGCAGCAACAUGAAAAUAGUGUUUGCAGCCCGGCUGGUUCUGGAUCACUACACCGGGACAAUUCACCUGACAUACAACAGCAGCAACAACCGUCACAGCACUCGCAGCAUCUGCAGAGCAGUCAACAACAGCAUCAUCUUGAUGACGGCUCCGAUCAAGACGAUAUGGAGGAUGAUCAGAUGAUGGACGGUUCACCUGGUGGGAUGGAGGACGACGAUGACGAUGAGGAAAAUGGCGAUCGAGUUAUUUACCCAUGGAUGAAGAAGAUACACGUUGCUGGCGUUGCGAACGGUUCGUACCAGCCAGGGAUGGAGCCGAAGCGUCAGAGGACAGCCUACACCAGGCACCAGAUCCUGGAGCUGGAGAAGGAGUUCCAUUACAAUCGUUACCUGACGAGACGAAGGCGCAUCGAGAUCGCGCACACCCUGGUCCUCUCCGAGAGGCAGAUCAAGAUAUGGUUCCAGAAUCGCCGCAUGAAAUGGAAGAAAGAUAACAAGUUGCCCAACACGAAGAACGUGCGUAGGAAAAACGCAAACGGCGCCGCGCAGCCGUCGAAGUCGUCGAAGGGUUCCGGGUCCAGGGCGAAGUCGGGAACCGGCAAUAAUAACAAUCAGAGAAAGAAUAACAACAACUCGCCAUCUAGCGGCAUGGAAAGUAGCCUCGAUGGAAGCGUCGGUCUAGACAUGGGUGACGUUCACGGGGUGAAUGCGGGACUUCCGCAUCCACACGCUGCUCAUCCUAGCUUUCAAGGUCAUCCUCAUCCUCUGGCACACAUUCAGACACAGCUGAGUCACCUUCACGUCGGGGGCAUGAUGGACGGCACUGGGGGCCCCCUUGGACACAUGGCCUCUGGUAGCAUCAGUCCUCUUGCUCCUGCAAAUAGUCCCCCUGGUCUCUCUGCUCCAGCACCCACGCCGGCCAUCAAGUCCGACUACGGACUUACGGCCCUGUAACACCAGAAGAAUAGUGAUUCCUAUUUGAUAAAUUGCGACUUGCCCGAUCGGCACUUGCACUCCUCAUCGCCUUUAUCUUCUUCCUCGUCUUCUCUCUCACCUUUCGUCAUAUCCCACUAGCUUCCUUUUCCAUCUCGUCUAUUCAUAGUCAUUGAUAGAUUCAAUUCCUGGAUUACCGUUUCUUUGUCUUACGUUUCUUAGUCUGCACUUGCUGUUCCACGAAUGCGAGUCUGAUGGUCCUUAUUGGUCUUUUGUAUGGCUGAUCGAAUAUGACUGAUCCUUUGGGAGCUGGUAUACGAUCUAUGACCGUGAUGAUCUUAGUGAAUCAGCAUAGGCCUGUCACGGGGUAUCGUUAUGGGUAACUCAUCAAGAAAUUAUUUAGUGCUAUGUUCUCACGGGAUAUUGUGAAACGAUGGGUGUCUUACGAGAAGGAAGAUGUUGCGAUUCGUUCGAAGUAUUAACACGAGCACGUCUUUUGGUCUCUUAAAAAAAAUGUCAACAUCAGGAGUCAUCUCGUUUACGUCAUAAUCAAAUCCUCGAGUCGUAGAUUUUAAUCGAUUAUAUAUUAAUUGUCCCUUACGUGCCAUUAAGUAGAUAGCUAUAUGUUUUUUCCAUUGUUUCUGUCAAUUUACUAAAUCUCGGAAAUGAAUGUCUUCGCUUGCAAGAUGCCAUCUUGAAUGUGACUUUUUAAAGGAAAAUUAGACAUCUUACUGUUAUACGAAACGGUCCUCGUGUCUCCCAUGUAUAAAAUUCACAAUCGGACGAACGAUCGAUUGAUUAUUGAUUAAUGGCGUGUCUAUAAAUUCGGGUGCGAUCACUGUCGCGUAUCUAUGAUGUAAAUAAAAUCUGAUAAAUUCUGUACAUACGUGUAGCUAUAAUUGAAAGCGUUAUCGUGACGCGUACGACAUACAAAACUUUACGCUCGUUUAACCACCGUUCGAGUAAUGUUUGAACGAGGAUAAUGAAAAGUCAAACGAGCGUAUAAGGUAUUUACGAGACAAUGACAAUGCGAUGGUUAGUUAACUCCCUGGAUCUUAAUUAUACGUGUAAAGUAGUUUGUCUUUCAUACGUUUAGAAAAAUUUUACCGAAGCGCCGACGAGGACGUUUUUAAUAAUUUCUAAUGCGAAUUUCUUAUGCACAGUUACGUGCGUAUUCUAACAUUGUAAUGUUAGCGUAUAGUUAACCCUUGAAAAUUUUCAAGAGGAACACUUCCCCCUCUGGGAUACGAUUACCUAGAAAUGCACGUCGUAAAUAUUACUUGCCUUGACAUCUCGGCGAUUCUACGGGGAGACAACCGAACUAUUUUUAACCCCACGCCAAGAAAAUUAUUCAGUAUUUAUAACCCGGCACAACCCGAUGAAAUGCAACGCAAGAAAAAUUAUCCUGUCACGCCCAAGAUUCAUUAAUUAUGUUACUUGUACAUCCACGUGGUCCUACGACAAUGCGAAUGCACUUGGUGAAAAAAAAAAUUUUAUUUCGUACCACAGUACGACUUUUGAACAAAAAGAUGAGAUUGAAUGACGUAAAGUAAAAAUAAAGUCGAAAAAAAAAAUUGUGAAAAAUUUCCCAUACCAUAAAAAUUUUCAUAUACUCUCGGGUGGUCUUUGACGGCAGCAGGAUAAUCAUAUUCGAAUUAUACCGGAGGUCCAUGGAAAAGGGAUCUCGGGAUAUUCAACUUACUCUCGAUUAGGCGUACAACACCCUGCUUUGCCUAAUUAAGGUCUAUUAUGCUCCUUAUUAAAACCACUCACCAGUGGUCCAUCUCGUUGAGAUGCGUUGCAAGCUUCCUCCGUCCUCACAAUAAACCCUUGCAAGGGAUGCUUGAUGGAUAAAUCAAUUCACUUUUUCAUUCGUAUUACUUUCCGUCAUCUUGGUAUCGCGUCACGUGAUUACCAAUUUAGGUACGAAAUUCCGUAUAGGCAUCCAAGAGGAGAUCAUCGAUUGCUUCAAUUCGUCGAUGAUACAUAAUAUCUACUACAAGAUUCAUAGCCAGUACCUACUUAUACCUAUAAUUACUUACAAUCAAAAGCAACUAUGUAACAUGUUGGUUUUCAUACACGGUGUACAUACGUAAUGUAGAUCGAGUGACAUUAAUGUCGCGUUAACGCUUUUCACUGAGAUAACCAACAAAAUGCAUCAGUCAUGCACAAAUACCUGCCAGGUAGCUGCGUGUAAACCCCGCCCUAGGGUACUUUGUAAAUAUUAUCUCAAAAGUAUAUAUAUAUAUAUAUAUAUAUAUAUAUAUAUAUACAUAUUUCUAUUUUUAUCGAG